AUGCCGCGAAACAUACAUAGUCAGGAUGAUAUGGUAUAUGUCAUGCAACCAACUCGUACUCUCAUGCUCGCAAUCGGUGUUUGGCCAUCCAGGAGUGGAAAGAGAUCCAUAUUCCGGAGAGUUUACAAUCUCUUUCUAAACUUUAGCUCCAAUUUUCUUUUAGCCUGCGAAAUUAUACCCGGCUGUAUUUAUUGGUUACUUGAAGACUCGUCGCGUAUGCGUCUUCAAUUAACCCCUCUUCUCCUCUACGUCUUCAUGUGUGCCGUUCAAUAUGAUGUCAUUCUAUCUCGCAAUGAUAACAUAAGAGAAUGCUGGAAGCAUGUCGAGGAGGAUUGGGAUAAUGCCUUCAGUAUGAAUGAUCGGAACGUUAUGUUCAAAUGUGCAAAAUCUGCGAAGCUCCUAAUCAUGAUCUGCGGUGUUCUUAUGUAUAGUGGCGUGAUCAUGUAUCGAAUAAUCUUACCAUUGUCGCGGGGAGAGAUUGUCAUCGAUCAGAAUGUCACAAUCAGACCUUUGGCCUGUCCGGUUAAUUUUUUAUUUGUUGACGUACAAACUAGUCCUUUUUACGAGAUAGUGUUUGUAUUCCAGUCCUUAACGGGAUUCCUUAUAGUUUCAAUUACGACGAGUGCGUACGGGCUUCUGGCGUAUUUCGUAGAGCAUGCCAGCAGUCAAAUGAAAAUCCUGAUCUGCUUAAUGAAAAAUCUUGUCCGAGAACAGUGGAAAAAAGAGGAAGAAGUAGAUAGGAAGUUGGCUGAAGUAGUGGAACAUCAAAUAAGAGUACAUAGUUUUCUACAAAUGGUACAGUACACCAUGCAAGAAAUUUGUUUAGUAGAAAUAAUGGUGAAUACUUUAAGCAUCUGCCUUCUACUGUAUUUUGUAGUAUUGGAUUGGCACACUAACAACUUUGGGGUUAUAGGCUCUUAUAUGCUUAACAUUAUAAACAUUACAAUCCACAUAUUUCUGUUUUGUUAUACUGGUGAACAACUUAACGAACAGGCAGAAAAAGUAGCAACUGAAUCCCGUGAGCUCGAAUGGUAUCAUCUUCCGGAAACAAAAAUGCGCAGUGUAGUUCUAAUAAUGAUUAUGUCUAAUUAUCCACCCAAGAUCUCCGUUUGCAAGAUCAUGGAGCUUUCAUUCAAGACGUUUGGUGAUAUUAUUAAAACAUCUGGGGCGUACUUUAAUAUGCUUCGAAAUGUAACAGAAUGA